UUGUUCUUUAUUUUCCCUUACCUUCCCCGACGGCUUCUCUUCUAGGUUGUUGCCUUUCUUUACUCAUUUUUCAAUCUAUAUAUAUACAUAAAUUAGUGCUUCGUUAUUUUCAUAACACAAAAAUCAAAUCCCCAGUGAUCUCAGACUUCAUUUUUCUCAAAAACCCAGAAUUUCAAUCCCCAUGGAAUCUCAUUUCUCUUCUUCUUCAGCCUCUUCCACCACCACUUACUUGUCCCAAACCAUGCAACCAACAAAGGGUUUAAUCUCAACUUCAAAUUCACUUCCUUAUCACCAAUCUUCACUUCACUCUGUUCGGAGGCCUUCUUCGAAGCCAUGGCGGAAGCCAGCGGUGGCUCCGCUGCCGCCGACCCCGCCAAGAAUCUACAAAGUGGACCCCAUUAACUUCAAAGACCUUGUUCAAAGCCUCACCAGCGGGCCGGGGUUUUUGGAGGCUCGAUCUCUGCAGAGCGUUGCACCGGCGCCGAUUGAUGUUCAGAGAAAUGCCUCUGUUCUGAACAAUGUUCUUUCUUCUUCUUCUGCUUCUUCUCCGGCAUCGAAAAUUAUUUCACCAUUUUCAGCCAUGUACAAGGACUUGGCUGAAACACUGGAAAUGAGUUCUACACCUCAUCAUCAGAAGGCGCAUGAUAGCAAUGUGGACCCUAGUUAUCUGAGUCUGAACUUGCAGUCACCUUCUUCCCAUCAUUGGUUUUCUUUUCCUCUGCUCAGCCCAGGAACUAUGUCCAGUCUGGAACAGAGCACAAUGCUUUAGGACUAUUUCAAACCCUAGCUAGGCAUGAGCCAGUUAUAUAAAUAUGUGAGCCCAAUUUCUAUAAAUUGUGGCCUUUUUGUUUUAUUGUUUUUGUUUUAAGUUGUAAGUUUUAACAUCCUGUUAUGUUGUAGGGAGUUUGAUAUAAAUGCGCAGAAGCCAUUUUUAAUUUGAAUGUGAAAUUAUCAAUUAUGAAUCAAUGAAAUCAGAUUGGAUUCAAGCAAAUGGCUUGUUUUGCUCAAGUGGAUAUGACAAAGGAUAAUGCUAUGUUUACCAAAUUUUUAUAUCAC